UCCAUGGCACGGUUAUUUCCGUAUUUGGGGCUGUCCCCAAAAUGACACUAUCAAACGGUUGCUCUUUAACUUAACAGCCGCAUGCGUCUCAGAAAAAAAAUGUUCUGAAAGGGCAUUUGCUUGGAAGAGUCUGACAUGGAAUGCUGCAGGUGGCAUGCUGGAUGCUUCCAGGAAGUAAUAAGCCUAUUGCAUGCCUUAGCUGGUGUGAUCGAAACUAUGUGCGCCAUCGUCUUCAGGGCGAGCCAGAUGACAGGCUUCGAGUGCGGAAUAAACAUUUUCCUUGGGAUAACGAAUAUUCCUCUAGGGUGCUUCAUGUUGAGCGCACUGAGGAAGAGAGAACACUGCCACUGUCCCAGGGAAUACGUUGUUCAGAACCGAUUGUCCCUGGCCAUUCUGUUUCACUCAGCGGUACUGAAUGGCAUCUGCUCCUCCGUACUUUUCUUCCAAGCGUCGGGCCAACCAGUCUUUCAAGACAUCACCCCCUUCUAUAUAAGAUGGAGGAGGUUCAUACAUCACCUGUCUGCAGUCUCAUAUAGCAUACCCAUGACCCUGACUCUGUUGUCAAUUGCCUGUAUGCUGGUGAUGUCAGGAGUCCCACUGCGGCACGUCCUCCCGAGGGAAGAAGACGUCAGCUUCCUACCGAACAACACUGUCAAGUUGGACAUAACAGACUUGAGCCUAUAUGGGUGGGUGUUUCAGACGCCGAGGUCAAGCAUGCCUUCCACCGGAAAAGGGAGCGUUGCUUACCAGCGACCACGAUACACAUUUUAUACGGGCGAUGCUGCCUCCGAUGUCAAAGAUGACACGCCCAUUCCGUCCACCUCCGGGGAGCCGCGACGUCCAAGGACAACAUCCCACGACCUGCUGACCAGGAUAACCGAUGUUCUUGAAGGGAGUCCUUUCAACUAUUCCACUUCCACUGAUGAAGGCACAAUUAUCGACAAAGCCGCUACCUCCCCUGCGAACGGUGACUUUGACGAUGACUUUGAUGAAGAGGACGACUCAAAAUUUCCAGAUGAAACUUUGCCGUCGGAGAGUGCUACAGCAGUGACAUCUGCAGCAUCUUCGGACGGCCAGCUGCCUCGGUCCCUGGACCUUCUUGUUGCCUUGGACAUGGACUCCCUAGUGAAUCUCUCUCAUUUAGAGCUGAUGGCGAGACAGUGUAGGACUUCUGCUACACUAAGGCGCAUCUGGAAGACCUCAGAAAGAAGAACAUCGCCACAAUGAAUCUAUCACGAAUGAUCACCGACCUCUAUUUAUCAACCAUAAUAAACGGGAAAACACCGUUGUCUGUGGA